UGUAACGUCUCAUCCUCUUCUCUCCCACUCUAGGAGACUGACUUCAGAGUCCUCACUGGCCUCAGCAUGCCAGUUGCCGCCACCAACUCCGAGUCUGCCAUGCAGCAAGUCUUGGACAACCUGGGAUCCCUUCCCAAUGCCACUGGGGCUGCGGAACUGGACCUGAUCUUCCUUCGAGGCAUAAUGGAAAGUCCCAUAGUCAGAUCCCUGGCUAAGGCCCACGAGCGGCUGGAGGAGACGAAGUUGGAGGCCGUUCGGGAUAACAACCUGGAGCUGGUGCAGGAGAUCCUCCGGGACCUGGCGCAGCUGGCAGAGCAGAGCAGCACCGCCGCAGAGCUGGCGUGCAUCCUCCAGGAGCCUCACUUCCAGUCCCUCCUGGAGACACAUGACUCAGUGGCCUCAAAGACCUAUGAGACACCACCCCCCAGCCCUGGUCUAGACCCCACGUUCAGCAAUCAGCCGGUACCUCCUGAUGCGGUUCGCAUGGUGGGCAUCCGCAAGACGGCGGGAGAACAUCUGGGCGUGACGUUCCGAGUGGAGGGUGGUGAGCUGGUGAUCGCUCGCAUUCUGCACGGGGGCAUGGUGGCUCAGCAAGGCCUGCUGCACGUGGGUGACAUCAUCAAGGAAGUGAAUGGGCAGCCGGUGGGCAGCGAUCCCCGGGCACUUCAGGAGCUCUUGCGCAGCGCCAGUGGCAGCGUCAUCCUCAAGAUCCUGCCCAGCUACCAGGAACCCCACCUGCCCCGACAGGUAUUUGUCAAAUGCCACUUCGAUUAUGACCCUGCCCGAGACAGCCUCAUACCCUGCAAGGAAGCGGGCUUGCGCUUCAACGCCGGGGACUUGCUCCAGAUUGUAAACCAAGAUGACGCCAAUUGGUGGCAGGCGUGCCACGUUGAAGGGGGCAGCGCCGGGCUCAUCCCCAGCCAGUUGUUGGAGGAAAAGCGGAAAGCAUUUGUGAAGCGGGACCUGGAACUGACCCCGACCUCGGGGACCCUAUGUGGCAGCCUUUCAGGAAAGAAAAAGAAGCGAAUGAUGUAUUUGACUACCAAGAAUGCAGAGUUUGACCGCCACGAACUGCUCAUUUAUGAGGAGGUGGCCCGCAUGCCCCCAUUCCGCCGGAAAACCCUGGUGUUGAUUGGUGCGCAGGGUGUGGGCCGGCGCAGCCUGAAAAACAAGCUCAUUCUGUGGGAUCCGGACCGCUACGGUACCACAGUGCCCUACACAUCCCGGAGGCCCAAGGACUCGGAACGGGAAGGGCAGGGCUACAGCUUUGUGUCUCGUGGGGAGAUGGAAGCCGACAUCCGUGCGGGGCGCUACCUGGAACAUGGCGAGUAUGAGGGCAACCUGUAUGGCACACGUAUCGACUCCAUCCGGGGCGUGGUUGCCUCCGGCAAGGUGUGCGUGCUGGAUGUCAACCCCCAGGCAGUGAAGGCCCUGAGGACAGCUGAAUUUGUCCCUUAUGUGGUAUUCAUUGAGGCCCCCGACUUUGAGACCCUGCGAGCCAUGAACCGGGCCGCACUGGAGAGUGGCGUGUCCACGAAACAGCUCACGGAGGCGGAUCUGAGGCGGACCGUGGAGGAGAGCAGCCGCAUCCAGAGGGGAUAUGGGCACUACUUUGACCUCAGUCUGGUCAACAGCAACCUGGAGAGGACCUUUCGUGAGCUCCAGGCUGCCAUGGAGAAGCUUCGAACAGAGCCCCAGUGGGUGCCUGUCAGCUGGGUGUACUGAGCCCUGCUCUGGACCUUGUUCCCUGCCUGGUUGGGAAUCCAUCCUUCACCCCACCUAUGACACUCCCCUACCCCCGAAAAUGAUCUUCAUCCCUCCAUCUCUGGUUUUGCCCUGGAUCACAGAUCCCAGCAGGGGCUGGCUUCAGUACAGAGGUGUUCACUGCCAGGGAGGCGGGUGUUCAUGGGGUACCUCUGUACCCAGGUGCUGCCCACUCCCGAUGUCCACCGGCCACCAGACAUCCCUCUCUAAGGGUCAGGCUGUGUCCAGGAGCAUCUCAGAGUCACUGUAAUGCUCAGUCUAGAGAGGAGUGGAGCUGCUUGGGGCCUUGUGGUCAGUAGGUCGAUGACCCUGCCAGCCUUUUCUCCUCUGGCCACACCCACCCUGUUCCUUGGCCCCUCCCACCCUUCACUAUAUCUAGUCCUUGGAUCAGCCUUGGGCUGUUCUCAUGUGGUCAGACCACUGGUAACUAGGCAGACCUGGACAGUAGUGUCAGUCUGGGCCAUUUUAGAGGCUGGGGGAGCCCCGUCGUGAACCAGCUGUAGCAACUGGUAACACAGGCCUCAGAUACUCGAGGAGCAAACGUAACCUGGUCCCUCCCUUAUUCCCAGCUUCUCACUGCCAAAGUCUCUCCACGGACUCUCUCAAUGUGUCCCUCUUUUAUAAAUCCUGCUCCCCAAACAGUGUGACUGGCUUAGCCUAGGUUGGGAAUAGGGCCUAGAAAGCUGAACCUUCUGUUGUUGGGACCAACAGCACUCCAGGAUCCCCAGCCCACACCAGGCUUCGUUCGCUUCCGGCUGGUCUCUGGAUGAUGUGGGAGGCUCACUGGCAUUAGGGCUGACACGAUUGGGCCUGAGGGAAAGGAGACUGUGCGUCAGGGCUUGGAAACAGACAGAUUAGCUUCGGUAGCACUUGCCACACAACUCCAGGGGGUGCCAUUGGCACUCCAGGCUGGGCAGUGUGUGGCUCUGCCCGCUGUGGUGCUGGUCCCUGUUUCUGGUCUUGGGGGGUGUGUUGUACGUGCAUGUGCAUAUGCACGGAUUUGGUUUGGUUUGAGGGGAGGCAGAGGACUGUUUUCUCUUGGAGGUGGCUCUUUGAGGUCCCUUUAGAGGUUCCCCUCAGCCUGCCAUUUCUUACAAGCCCCUACUCCAGACCCCAGAGCCUGGGCCUUCUCUGCUCCCCUGUUG